AUGCUCGGCGAAGAGCUGCUUUGGCUCGCAAAGGUUGGCGAAGAUGGGAUGCCGCCGGAGCUACUGACCGUUGCACCAGAGUUGUUACUUGAUAGGGAUGAGGCAACGGAAAAGCCCGAAGAUGACAUGCUCAAUGUAUUGAUACCAGAAGACGACAUCGUGUCAGGGACGACGGAGCUGGGUGGAGAUACAAUAGAUGCGCUCGGAGGCGGAACAGUCGAUCUGCUCGACGAGAUUAUACUCGAUUGCGUGGUGACUGGGCCCGCGGACGAACUGCUCGUCGAACUUGGAUUCGUGGGCACAGAAGAUCCAGAUAGUGACCCAGCUGAGGCUGACGAGGUCAUGAGCCCCUGA